CAACCCUGAGCAACCAUGUCGGACAAGAUGUCCAGCUUCCUCCAUAUUGGGGACAUUUGUUCCCUGUAUGCAGAGGGCUCCACCAGUGGAUUUAUCAGCACUUUAGGGCUUGUGGAUGAUCGUUGUGUGGUACAACCAGACACUGGCGACCUCAACAACCCACCCAAGAAAUUCAGAGACUGCCUUUUCAAACUGUGUCCUAUGAACAGAUACUCAGCACAGAAACAGUUCUGGAAAGCGGCAAAACCUGGAGGCAACAGCACCACCGACACAGUCCUCCUUAACAAACUCCAUCAUGCUGCUGACCUGGAGAAGAAGCAGAAUGAGUCUGAAAACCGCAAGCUGCUGGGAACAGUCAUCCAGUAUGGAAAUGUUAUUCAGCUGCUGCAUUUGAAAAGCAAUAAAUACCUGACAGUGAACAAGCGCCUACCUGCGCUGUUGGAGAAGAAUGCCAUGAGAGUGACUCUGGACUCGGCGGGAAAUGAGGGAUCCUGGUUCUACAUCCAGCCCUUCUAUAAGCUACGAUCCCUGGGAGACAGUGUGGUGAUUGGAGAUAAAGUGGUUCUUAACCCAGUGAAUGCAGGACAGCCUCUACAUGCCAGCAGCCACCAGCUAGUUGACAACCCAGGAUGCAAUGAGGUUAAUUCUGUAAAUUGCAACACAAGUUGGAAAGUUGUUCUGUUCAUGAAAUGGAGUGACAACAAGGAAACAAUACUCAAAGGGGGUGAUGUAGUUCGGUUGUUUCACGCUGAACAGGAGAAGUUCCUCACAUGUGACGAUCACAGGAAGAAGCAGUAUGUUUUUCUUAGAACCACCGGCCGGCAGUCUGCCACCUCUGCAACCAGCAGCAAAGCAUUGUGGGAAGUAGAGGUGGUCCACCAUGACCCAUGUCGGGGAGGUGCUGGCUACUGGAACAGCCUGUUCAGGUUUAAACACUUGGCCACAGGGUGUUAUUUGGCUGCUGAGGUGGGUGAGGUGAACCCAGACUUUGAGGAGGAGAAUGCCGAACAGCGGUCUUCGGUGGUGGACUUCACGCCAUUUAAUUUCCAGCUGGAUGCAGAUAAUGAAGCAUUACGAGGUCGUCUGCGAGCUCCGCAGGAGAAAAUCAUGUACACUCUGGUGCCAGUUCCGGACGGCAUGGAUAUCUCCUCCAUCUUUGAGCUGGAUCCUACCACGCUGAGAGGCGGGGACUCCAUGGUGCCCAGGAGCUCCUACGUGAGGCUAAGACACUUGUGCACCAACACGUGGGUCCACAGCACCAACAACCCCAUCGACAAAGAGGAGGAGAAACCUGUUAUGUUACGAAUUGGAACAUCAGCAGUAAAAGAAGACAAGGAAGCUUUUGCCAUUGUACCAGUGCCGCCAGCAGAAGUGCGUGAUUUAGACUUUGCUAAUGAUGCAAGUAAAGUGUUAGCGUCUAUUGCUGGCAAGUUGGAAAAGGGAACCAUAACACAAAAUGAAAGGAGGUUUGUGACCAAGCUUCUUGAAGAUCUAGUUUUCUUUGUGGUGGACAUCCCCAACAGUGGGCAGGAUGUUUUGGAAAUCAUGGUUAACAAACCCAACAGAGAAAGACAGAAACUCAUGAGAGAACAGAAUAUCCUUAAACAGAUUUUCAAACUUCUCCAAGCCCCUUUCACAGACAGUGGUGAUGGUCCCAUGCUUCGAUUGGAAGAACUUGGAGACCAGCGCCACGCUCCUUUUAGACACAUUUGCAGGCUUUGCUACAGAGUGUUACGCCAUUCCCAGCAGGAUUACAGGAAGAACCAGGAAUACAUAGCAAAACAAUUUCGCUUUAUGCAGAAGCAGAUAGGAUAUGAUGUCUUAGCAGAAGACACAAUAACAGCUCUUCUCCACAACAACCGGAAGCUGCUGGAGAAACACAUCACUGCUGCUGAGAUAGACACCUUUGUCACUCUAGUGAGGAAGAACCGGGAGCCGAGGUUUCUGGACUACCUGUCUGAUCUCUGCGUGUCCAUGAAUAAGUCCAUCCCUGUGACACAGGAACUGAUCUGCAAUGCAGUACUGGACCCUACCAAUGCUGACAUCCUCAUUGAAACCAAGUUGGUCCUGUCGAGGUUUGAGAUCGAGAUGACAGCAAAUGGAGAGAACCCAAUGGAGGCAGAGGAUGAGGAGGAGGUGUGGCUGUUCUGGAAAGACAACUGUAAGGAAAUCAGGAGUAAGAGCAUCAGGGAGUUGGCCCAGGAUGCAAAAGAGGGCCAGAAGGAGGAUCAGGAGGUGGUCAGCUACUACAGGUGCCAGCUGAACCUCUUUGCCCGGAUGUGUCUGGAUCGUCAGUACCUGGCCAUCAACAAGAUUUCUGGUCAGCUGGAUGUGGAUUUGAUCCUGCGCUGUAUGUCCGACGAGGACCUGCCCUAUGACUUGCGGGCGUCUUUCUGCCGCCUGAUGCUGCACAUGCACGUAGACCGCGACCCUCAGGAGCAGGUUACCCCUGUCAAAUACGCUCGUCUGUGGUCUGAGAUUCCUUCUAAGAUCGCUAUUGAUGACUAUGACAAUGAUGGAACCACCAGAGAUGAGAUCAAAGAGCGGUUCUGCCUCACAAUGGAUUUUGUAGAGAACUACCUGAGAGAGGUGGUGUCGCAGAACAUUCCCUUCUCUGACAAGGAGAAAAACAAGCUUACCUUUGAGGUGGUGAACCUGGCAAGAAACCUCAUAUACUUUGGUUUCUACAACUUUAGCGACCUGCUUCGGCUGACAAAGAUCUUAUUAAACAUUUUAGACUGUGUACAUGUCAGUACCAUAUACCCCAUCAACAAGUUGGAGAAGGGAGAGGAAAACAAAGCUGGCAGCAACGUGAUGAAGUCCAUUCAUGGAGUGGGGGAGCUGAUGACCCAGGUGGUGCUACGUGGAGGCGGCUUGUUGCCCACCACACCCACUCAUCAGCCUGAGGGAGAUGUGGUUAAAACCCAGACUGAACCAGAGAGAGAAGACAUCAUGGUCAUGGACACCAAGCUCAAGAUCAUUGAGAUUCUGCAGUUUAUUUUGAAUGUACGACUGGACUACAGGAUCUCCUGCCUGCUCUGUAUUUUCAAACGUGAGUUUGAUGAGAACAACCCACAAGGAGACAACACUGCCAGUCAGAAUGGAACCAAUAAUGUCACAGGUCAGAUGCCAGGAAAUCUUGACUUUGAGAACAUCGAGGAACAGGCAGAGGGGAUCUUUGGAGGAAGCGAGGAGAACACUCCACUAGACCUGGAUGACCAUGGUGGCCGUACCUUCCUCAGGGUCCUUCUGCACCUGACCAUGCAUGACUACCCUCCACUCGUGUCUGGAGCACUUCAUCUGCUCUUUAGACACUUCAGCCAGAGGCAGGAGGUCCUCAUGGCCUUCAAACAGGUCCAGCUGCUGGUGACAAGUCAGGAUGUGGAUAACUACAAGCAGAUCAAGUCAGAUCUCGACCAGCUGCGGUCUAUUGUGGAGAAGUCUGAACUGUGGGUGUACAAGAGGCAAGGAGAGGAUGGGAUGGAUGGAGACGGACCUUCAGAGUCUGACAACAAAAAGAAGGGAGAUUCACUUGGCUCUGACAAAAAGAAGACAGAAAGCACCAGCAGUUACAAUUACAGGGUUGUUAAAGAGAUCCUGCUGCGUCUCAGUAAGCUGUGUGUCCAGGAGGGGAGCUCAGGGAAGAAGAGUAAGAAACAACAGCAGAGGCUGCUGAGGAACAUGGGAGCUCACAGUGUGGUGCUUGAGCUCCUGCAGAUCCCCUAUGAGAAGGGUGAGGAUGUCCGAAUGCAGGAGAUCAUGAAACUGGCUCACGAGUUUCUGCAGAAUUUCUGCGCAGGCAAUCAACAGAACCAGGCUCUUCUCCACAAGCACAUCAACUUGUUUCUUAACCCAGGGAUCUUAGAGGCAGUCACCAUGCAGCACAUCUUCAUGAAUAACUUCCAGCUGUGCAGUGAGAUCAAUGAGCGUGUGGUUCAGCACUUUGUCCACUGCACUGAGACUCAUGGCCGUCAUGUCCAGUAUCUGAAGUUCCUGCAGACCAUAGUGAAGGCCGAGAACAAGUUCAUUAAGAAAUGUCAGGACAUCGUCAUGGCUGAGCUGGUGAACUCAGGUGAGGAUGUUCUCGUCUUCUACAACGAUCGCGCCUCCUUUCAAACGCUAGUCCAAAUGAUGCGUUCAGAGCGGGACCGCAUGGACGAAAACAGCCCUCUAAUGUACCACAUCCACCUGGUGGAGCUGCUGGCUGUGUGCACUGAGGGCAAGAACGUGUACACUGAGAUCAAGUGUAACUCCCUGCUGCCCCUGGAUGAUAUUGUGCGGGUCGUCACCCAUGAGGACUGCAUCCCUGAGGUUAAGAUUGCCUAUAUCAAUUUCCUCAACCACUGCUACGUCGACACAGAGGUGGAGAUGAAGGAGAUUUAUACAUCCAACCACAUGUGGAAACUGUUUGAGAACUUCCUGGUGGACAUUUGUAGGGUGUGCAACAACACCAGUGACAGGAAGCAUGCGGAUACCAUGCUCGAGCGUUAUGUAACUGAGACGGUCAUGAGCAUUGUCACAUGUUUCUUCAGCUCUCCUUUCUCUGACCAGAGCACAAGCCUGCAGACUCGUCAGCCAGUAUUUGUACAACUGCUUCAGGGAGUGUUCAGGGUAUACCACUGUAACUGGCUGAACCCUGUUCAGAAGGCCUCAGUGGAGGCUUGCAUUAAAGUCCUCUCUGACGUGGCUAAAAGCAGAGCCAUUGCCAUCCCAGUUGACCUGGAUAGUCAGGUGAACAACUUGUUUGUCAAGUCCAAUAACGUUGUGCAGAAGAGCAUCCUCAACUGGAGACUAUCGGCUAAGAACACCUCCAGACGAGACUCUGGCCUGACUACCUCCAAAGACUACAGAAACAUCAUUGAGAGGCUACAGGACAUAGUGUCAGCGCUGGAGGACCGUCUGAGGCCGCUGGUCCAAGCGGAGCUCUCGGUGCUAGUGGAUGUCCUGCAUCGUCCAGAGCUGCUCUUCCCUGAGAACACAGAAGCUCGCAAGAAAUGUGAAAGUGGAGGAUUCAUAUCAAAACUGAUCAAACACACCAAGCAGUUGCUGGAGGAGAACGAGGAGCGUCUGUGCAUCAAAGUACUGCAGACACUGAGGGAAAUGAUGACAAAAGACCGGGGCUAUGGGGAGAAGGGAGAAGCUCUGCGGCAGAUCUUGGUUAAUCGAUACUAUGGGAAUGUCAAACCUGGACAGAGGAGAGAUAGCCUCACAACCUUCAGCAACGGACCACUCACUUCUGCCGCACAGGGGAAAUCACCUACAGUUGUCAGCUCCGGGGUCGGAGGUCGAGGGGAGCUGAGUUUGGCAGAGGUCCAGUGUCACCUGGACAAAGAAGGGGCAUCUGAUCUGGUCAUUGACCUCAUCAUGAACGCUACCAGCGACAGGAUCUUCCAGGAGAGCAUACUGUUAGCCAUCGCACUGCUGGAGGGUGGAAACACGGUCAUCCAGCGGUCAUUCUACCAUCGUUUAACAGGAGACAACAAGUCUGAGAAAUUCUUCAAGGUGUUUUACGAGCGCAUGAAGCUGGCCCAGCAGGAGAUCAAAGCCACUGUAACGGUCAAUACUAGUGACCUGGGCAGCAAGAAGAAGGAUGAGGAGCCACCAGACAAAGACACACCAGCACGCAAGAAAGUCAAAGACGUGCCGGUGGUGGCCGUGGUGACCGAGGAGGUGAAGGAGCAGCUGGUGGAGGCCUCCGCAGUCACCAAGAAGGCCUUCACAACCUACCGCCGUGAGGCUGAGGCCGAAGAGAACCAAGCAGCCACUGAUGGCACUCCGGUCCCAGCCACUGAUAAGAGCCAGGAGGAAGGCGAGAUGAGCGUCAUCAUCACCAUCAUGCAGCCUAUCUUGCGCCUCAUGCAGCUACUCUGUGAGAACCACAACAGAGAUCUCCAGAACUUUCUGCGCAACCAGAAUAACAAGAACAACUAUAAUCUGGUGUGCGAGACUCUCCAGUUCUUGGACUGUAUUUGUGGCAGUACAACAGGAGGACUGGGGCUGCUGGGACUUUACAUCAAUGAGAAGAACGUAGGACUCAUCAACCAGACUGUGGAGAGCCUGACUGAGUACUGCCAAGGACCCUGUCAUGAGAACCAGAACUGCAUCGCCACUCACGAAUGCAAUGGUAUUGAUAUCAUCAUUGCUCUCAUCCUCAAUGACAUCAACCCCCUUGGCAAGAAGAGGAUGGAUCUGGUGCUGGAACUCAAAAAUAAUGCCUCCAAGCUUCUUCUUGCGAUUAUGGAGAGUCGCCAUGACAGCGAGAACGCCGAGAGGAUACUGUACAACAUGAGGCCUAAAGAGCUGGUGGAGGUGAUAAAAAAGGCCUACAUGCAGGGGGAGAUAGAGGUGGGGGAGCCACAGGAGGGUGAGGAUGGAGAGGAGGAGCACUCGGCGUCGCCACGCAAUGUUGGUCAUAAUAUCUACAUCUUGGCACAUCAGUUAGCCCGACACAACAAGGAGCUACAGGCUAUGUUGAAACCAGGCGGGACGUACGGAGAGGGUGACGAGGCUCUCGAGUUCUACGCCAAACACACAGCUCAGAUCGAGAUUGUACGACUAGAUCGCACCAUGGAGCAGAUAGUAUUUCCUGUGCCCAACAUCUGCGAGUUCCUCACCCAAGAAUCCAAGUUGCGUGUUUACUACACCACAGAACGGGAUGAGCAGGGCAGCAAGAUCAAUGACUUCUUCCUGCGCUCUGAGGACCUUUUCAAUGAGAUGAACUGGCAGAAGAAGCUGCGAGGUACUCAAGAGGCUACUGGUAACACAAACACAGUUCCCUCCCAGCCCAUCCUGUACUGGUGCUCCAGGAACAUGUCAUUUUGGAGCAGCAUCUCUUUCAACCUGGCUGUGCUCAUGAACCUGCUUGUGGCCUUCUUCUACCCUCUGGAGGGUGUCCGCGGAGGUACCCUGGAGCCCCAUCUGUCUGCCCUGCUGUGGAUGGCCAUGCUGGUCUCUCUGGCUAUAGUCAUCAUCUUACCUCAGCCUCAUGGCAUCCGGGCGCUCAUUGCCUCCACCAUCUUGCGCUUGAUCUUCUCUGUAGGCCUGGAGCCCACUUUGCUCCUGCUUGGGGCUUUCAAUUUAUGUAAUAAGGUCAUCUUCCUGAUGAGCUUUGUCGGGAACCGAGGAACCUUCACACGUGGCUACAAAGCCAUGAUCAUGGAUGUGGAGUUCCUGUACCACCUGCUGUACCUGAUUAUCUGCACCCUGGGGGUCUUCGUCCAUGUCUUCUUUUACAGCUUGCUACUCUUUGAUCUGGUUUAUCGAGAGGAGACCUUGCUGAACGUAAUAAAGAGUGUGACCCGCAAUGGCCGCUCCAUUGUUCUGACAGCCGUGCUGGCUCUUAUCCUCGUCUACCUCUUCUCCAUUGUGGGUUAUAUCUUCUUCAAAGACGAUUUCAUUUUGGCUGUCGACAGAAUACCCAACAAAACACUAGAGCAUGGAGCUAGUAUGGUGGGAGAGCUCUUCUCUGGUGGAGUGUGUCAGAAGGAAAACAGAGAAAACUGUUCGACAGAGGCCGUGACGGAUGCUUCCCUUGCCAUCCAGCCAUCAGCGGUGGUGAUUGAGGACAAAGAGCGAACGUGUGACUCCUUGCUCAUGUGCAUUGUCACAGUAUUGAGUCACGGCCUCAGGAGUGGAGGAGGUGUUGGGGACGUCCUGCGGAAGCCAUCCAAAGAGGAGCCCCUUUUCGCAGCCAGAGUGAUCUACGACCUGCUGUUUUUCUUCAUGGUCAUCAUUAUUGUCCUCAACCUCAUCUUUGGUGUCAUCAUCGAUACAUUUGCUGACCUGAGGAGUGAGAAGCAGAAGAAAGAGGAAAUCCUGAAGACAACAUGUUUUAUUUGUGGUUUGGAGAGAGACAAGUUUGACAAUAAGACGGUUACCUUUGAAGAACACAUCAAAGUUGAGCACAACAUGUGGCACUACCUGUUCUUCAUCGUUCUGGUCAAGGUCAAGGAUUCGACAGAGUACACUGGCCCAGAGAGCUAUGUGGCUGAAAUGAUCAGGGAGCAUAACUUGGACUGGUUCCCACGGAUGCGGGCCAUGUCCCUGGUCAGCAGUGAUGCAGACGGGGAGCAGAACGAGAUCAGAAACCUGCAGGAGAAACUGGAGUCCACCAUGAAGCUGGUGUCGAACCUCUCGGGCCAGCUGACCGAGCUCAAAGAACAGAUGACAGAACAAAGGAAGCAGAAGCAGCGCAUUGGCCUGUUAGGACACCCUCAGCACAUGAACGUCAACCCCCAGCAGCCUGCCUAAGGUCAACUGACAUGGCGCUGAAGCAGUUCAGCAUCGACUGUGUGUCUGGAUGGAGUGUGCAGUCACUCGUAGGGUGUGCUGCACUGAGAGUGAGUUUAACUUAUAACGGUAGGGAAACACUGUAACAUAGGUAGUCAUAAGACGAUGUGUAGCUCUAUCCCACGCACGUGUUACUCUGAACAGUAACAUUCACCCACCUCAUUCUGUUCAGUCCAGUUGGAAUUUGUGCCAAAUGUUUUCUAUGUAGAAAUAAAUUGGAUUUCUCAACACAUGGCCUUUACUGGUUGAACUUGACACAUGAUGGAGCCGACUGGACAGGAGGAAUUUAGUCCUGUUUGUUUUUCAUUGUUUCUUUUAUUUAAAUGUUUCCUAUUUAAAUUUCUGACAUAAUGAGCAGUAUUAAAAAUGUCUUAUUUUUGUAUGUUGUGCAAUAUAUUAACUUAAAUAUGCAACCUCAUUGGUGUGUGGAUUUAAGUUCCAUCGGUCAUGUCUUACUCUAAAGCGUGGGCCAACAUUUUUAUUUUUGUUUGUACUUUAUUGUCACUGGAUAAAAUAGGGAAUUGUUGGUUGUCUUUACUUUACAAAUAUAGAGAAAAUAUUUAAUAGGCUGGCCUUCUCAGUUGUACUUUUUUCUUUUAUUUCUUGAAAACGUGCAUACUUCUGAGUGUCAGCUGCACUCGAUAGAGAUAGUAUAUUGUGUGAGAGCAAUAUAUACGGAUAGUUUUCUUUCGCCUGUGGUAUCAUAUCUCAGUGCUAACUUAUUUUAUGAUAAUUUAGCUUUCUUAUUUAAUUUGGUUCUAAAGGACAUUUAGGAUAUUUGACCUGUCUGUCAAAUAUACUGUAUAAAUUCAGCCGCACUCAUGCUUUUACAAUUUGCUCAGGAGUUGCGUAACUUUUACUUUAAUAAACAUCAUUAGUGUCAUUUUUCAUGUUUUGCAGCAAACAUGACCCAUCUGUGCCUCCAGUCCCCAUUUAAAGUCUGAUACAGGUUUGCUGCUUGUGCAGAGAAACUAACUUCUACGCUCACGAUCGCUAAAAUGUUUUAGUUUAGUUUUCAUGCUACUGUUAGAAUUCUCUCUUUUUUUGGACUACUGUGUGUACAUAAAGUUUGUUGCUUACCUUCGCUUUUGUAUAGAAAAAUGAGAUGGAGAAAAAGCUGUUACUCAAAAUGAAUGUUAAGAUUAAUUAAAAAUCUAAGCACUGUCAAUUUGUAUAUUAAAGUAGAAUUAUUUAUUAAAAUUGAUGUAAUUAUC